AUGUAUUGGUUCAUCGAGCAGAAAGGAUAUAAAAGAUUUAAGGCAUCUGAUAUAUUUAGCUUUGGAGUAUUAUUAUGGGAAAUAUCAUGCGGAAAAAUACCUGAACUUUCCGAUUUUAUGGUUAUGACAAAACUUGCUAAUGGAGUUCGAGAACAAAGAGUAAAUCCAACACCUGAUGAAUAUUAUGAUUUUUAUACAGAGUGCUGGGAUGAAAACCCUGAAAAGCGUCCUAAAAUUGAUGAAAUUGUUAGAAUUUUAGAAGUUAUAAUUUCAUCAACUUCACCACCACCAACCUACAAAUCUAGAUUUGAAUUCUGA